GCGCGGAGUCCGGAAGCGAACGCGACUCGACGCGCUGAAUGGGGACGCGUCGAGUCACGUGUGCCAACAGCGGAGUGGCCGGAAAGGGAAGGGAGGGGUGGCGGUGUGUUUGUCAGCGCUUGCCUUUGUCCUGGACUUUCACUUGACGCCGAACCGGCUUCAGCAGCACUCGGGCUAGGUUCACGAGAUCUGCGCGACGCGACCGAGUCGCGACAACACGCGAAGCCAUGGCCGCGCCAAACGUCGUCAACCCCCAGCUCGCCAACGCCCAGCCCUACCUCAACGGCAACAGACAACCUUCUCGCCCCCAAUUUACUCGCGAGCAGAUACAGGGACUUGUUCGCCGCGCACAUCUUCUGAAAGAGCAGGGCGCCACAGUCGAGACGUCUCCAGAAUAUGCAAAGAUAUAUCACUUCCUCCAACAAAUACAGCAGCCGCAACUACAGAAUACAACCCUUCCCGACCACAGCCAACCUGGACUAAACGGUCAUGCGUCGACCUCCAGCCUCACGAACGGCAACACCAUCCCCAACGGCAACACACUCACGAAUGGCGCCGCGCCUGCCCAGCCCUAUCCUCAAGCCCCGAGCACUCCCGUCUCCUUCACGCCGGAGCAAAUCGAGGCUCUGCGCGCACAGAUCCAAGCAUUCAAGAUGCUUAUGCGCAACAAGCCCGUCCCCGAAGCGAUCCAGCAGGCAAUGCGCCUGCCGAACCAGGUCGUGCCAGACCUGCAGAAGCUCCUCCAGAGCGGGGGCAUCGAUGCUCGAGUCAUCGACAGCGCCGUGAAGGUCCACAAGAGCGCCACGCCUGGCGUGAUGGACUCAACGUCGACAGAGCCAAUGGUGGAGGAGAUCAAGGCCGAGGACAUGGACCUCAGCGGCGUCGACGUGCCCAAGGGUCCGUUCCUCGAGGACGACGUGGACUCGGGGGUCUACCCGUACAACGCGUACUCACAUCCGUUUGACCAUCUCAUGCUCGACAGUGACGCUCCGCUCACGCAAUGGGCGACCCGGCUACAGCGGCUUUUGAUCCCGACUCUCAUGCCGACGGGACUUGACCCGCACCAAAUCAUUGCUGAGCGCAACCGGUACGUGGACGCGCGCAUCGAGCAGCGGAUACGGGAGUUGGAGGAGCUGCCCGCAACGAUGGGAGAUGGAGGCAUGGACAGUGUUGUCGACGACAUGAUCCGCGACGAGAAGGAGAAUACCAUGGGCGGCGACGACCUCGCGCACCUUGCACACCCAAGCCCGAACGCACAAGGCAAGCUGCGCGCGCUGAUUGAGCUGAAGGGUCUCCGCGUACUCGACAAGCAACGGCAAAUGCGGGCGCUGGUCGCGGAGCGGCUCACGCACGGGUCGAUGCUGCCGCUGAACCGGGCAGACUUCCGGCGAACGCGCAAACCGACGAUCCGAGAUGCGCGCAUGACGGAGCAGCUCGAGCGGAAACAGCGCGUCGACCGGGAGCGGCGGGCGAAGCAGAAGCACGUCGAGCAGUUGUCGGUCAUCUGUGCGCACGGGAAGGAGGUGAUCGCGAUGAACCGCUCUGCGCAGGACCGCAUAACGCGGCUUGCCAAGGCCGUGCUCUCACUGCACACUCACACCGAGAAGGAGGAGCAAAAGCGUAUCGAGCGUAUCAGUAAGGAGCGUCUGAAGGCGCUGAAGGCGGACGAUGAAGAGGCAUACAUGAAGCUCAUUGAUACGGCGAAGGAUACGCGUAUCACCCACCUCCUGCGCCAGACGGAUACCUACCUGGACUCACUUACGCAGGCCGUCAUGGAGCAACAGCAGGAUGGGGACGUCAUCAUUCCAACGACGGCGUACGAAGAUGACCCGACCACUGAGGCCACCUUCGGCGCGCAGCAGUUCGAAACUGGGCCCGAAGACAGGAGUAAAAAUGACUACUACGCUGUCGCGCACAGGAUUAAGGAGAAGGUUACGCAACAGCCAACUAUGCUGGUCGGUGGGACGCUCAAGGACUAUCAGUUGAAGGGUCUCCAGUGGAUGGUGAGCCUGUACAACAACAAGCUGAACGGUAUCCUCGCGGAUGAGAUGGGUCUCGGUAAAACGAUCCAAACCAUCUCUCUGAUCACCUAUUUGAUUGAGGUCAAGAAGCAGCGCGGACCUUACUUGGUCAUCGUACCGCUGUCUACCAUGACGAACUGGUCCGGCGAGUUCGCGAAGUGGGCACCAAGUGUGAAUAUGAUCUCGUACAAAGGAAAUCCGGCUCAGCGGAAGACCCUUCAGAACGAGCUCAAGUACAAUUCGUUCCAGGUCCUGCUGACGACAUACGAGUAUAUCAUUAAAGAUCGUGCGCACCUGGCACGCAUGAAAUGGGUGCACAUGAUCAUCGACGAGGGUCACCGUAUGAAGAACACUCAGAGCAAGCUCGCCCAGACGCUCACACAGUACUAUCACUCCCGCUAUCGCCUCAUCCUUACCGGUACUCCGCUCCAGAACAACCUGCCCGAGCUGUGGGCCCUGCUCAACUUCGUUCUUCCGAAGAUCUUCAACUCGGUCAAGUCCUUCGACGAGUGGUUCAACACGCCGUUCGCCAACUCUGGUACCGGUGACAAGAUCGAGCUGAACGAGGAAGAGGCGCUCCUCAUCAUUCGGCGUCUUCACAAGGUGCUUCGGCCUUUUUUGCUCAGACGUCUCAAGAAGGACGUGGAGAGCGAGCUGCCUGACAAGGUCGAGAAGGUGAUCAAGGUCCGAAUGAGUGCUUUGCAGUCGCAGCUGUACAAGCAGAUGAAGAAGUACAAGAUGAUCGCGGACGGGAAGGACUCGAAGGGCAAACCCGGUGGCGUCAAGGGUCUGAGCAACGAGCUGAUGCAGCUGCGAAAGAUUUGCCAGCACCCCUUCCUCUUCGAGAGCGUCGAGGACAGGGUCAAUCCUUCCGGUAUCAUCAACGACUCCUUGAUUCGCUCGUCGGGAAAAAUCGAGCUCCUUUCGCGUAUCCUGCCGAAAUUCUUCGCUACCGACCACAGGGUGCUCAUCUUCUUCCAAAUGACGAAGGUCAUGGACAUCAUGGAGGACUUCCUCAAGUACAUGGGCUGGAAGUAUCUUCGUCUUGAUGGUGGGACGAAGACGGAGGACCGUGCUGGACAUGUCGCACAAUUCAACGCACCAAAUUCGGAAAUCAAGGUGUUCAUCUUGUCGACACGAGCUGGUGGGCUUGGUCUCAACCUGCAAACGGCGGAUACCGUCAUCAUCUUUGACAGUGACUGGAACCCACACGCGGAUCUCCAGGCGCAGGACCGUGCUCACCGUAUUGGUCAAACGAAGGUCGUCCGAAUCCUCCGUUUCAUCACGGAGAAGAGCGUGGAAGAGGCGAUGUUCGCGCGUGCCCGUUACAAGCUCGACAUCGACGACAAGGUCAUCCAAGCCGGUCGUUUCGACAACAAGUCCACCCAAGAGGAACAGGAAGAGUUCCUGCGUUCUAUCCUCGAAGCCGACCAAGAGGAAGAGAACGAGGAGGCCGGCGACAUGAACGACGAGGAGAUCAACGAGAUCAUUUCUCGUUCCGAGGAGGAGGAGCGUUACUACCGCGAGCUUGACAUUCAACGCGAACGCGAGGCCCUUGAGGCUUGGAGGGCCGCGGGCAAACGUGGCAAGCCGCCACAGCCGCUCAUCCAGCUGGAGGAGCUACCGGAGUGCUACAGGUUAGACGAGCCAUUCGACACCAAGGAUGACCUCGACGAGUUGGAGGGCCGUGGACACCGGCGGAGAAACAUCGUUAACUACACGGAUGGCCUCAGCGAUGACCAGUGGGCGAUGGCUUUGGAAGAUGGUGAGGACUUGCAGGAGCUUGCGGACCGCACACGCGAGAGGAGAGCGAGCCGUGCUGCGACCAAGGUCACAAGAGAUUUGGAGGACAGUCCUGUGAUUGACGACACGCCGCGCGUGCGGAAAGCCCGCAAAGGCAAAGGCAAGGCCGAGGCCGACGCGACGCCUCUCAACAACAAGCGGAAACGUGGAGCGAAGGCCGCGUCCGUCACGCCGUCGAUUCAGGAUGACGACGAGGAGGAGCGUGAUACGAAACGUCGAAAGACAAAGGCGCCUGAAGUUCCGCCGGUUGUGCGGGACAAGAUGAAGAAGGCGUUUAACGAGAUCUACAAAGCUGUGCUUAACUGCGAGGAUGAGAACGGUCGGAGACGUUGCGAACUCUUCCGAGAAGUGCCCGACAGACGAGAAUAUCCUGACUAUUUCCAGCUCAUCAAACAGCCGAUCGCACUGUCGACACUUCGGAAACGUCUCCAGAGCAACUAUUACAAGAACGUCGCCCACUUCCGAGAAGACUGGGCGCUCAUGUUCAACAACGCUCGAACAUACAAUCAGGAAGGUUCUUGGGUGUACGUCGACGCGGAAGAGAUGGAGAAGGUCUUCAACGCACAGCACGACCGGCUGAUCGUUGGCUCGGGACUCCCGGGUGCCCCCGCAGCGCCGAAUGGAUCAUCGAGUGCGUACGACUCUGCUCUUACUCCCAUGGAUGAGGAUGAGCGAUUACCACUCAAGGGGAAGAGCACGAGGAAGCAGGUCCUCAGUGAUGACGAGUACCUCACAAAUCCAAGCGACGAUGAGUGAUGGUCACGGUCAGGACUCGGGAGGUGCUUUGCGGUUUGUUGAUUGACUUAUUCUCUGCGUACUGUCCGUGUUUGUAUUCUUAGUGUAGCGUAUGUUAGUCGUGCUAUCGGUUAGUUGCCGCCGUUGACUGGAGUAUGGGCAUGGAAUUCGGAGACUGGCGUUCAAUUUCGAAG